CGUCCUUGCCGCUGGUAGCCGACAGUGAGAGCAGUUUGCAACAGUGUAGGUAUAAUUUGGGCUACUUGCAGUAGAAAGCCCGAUACAUUUUGGUGCCGGAGGCUGCGUCGCUCACAUCUGAAUGAAUCGGAGGGAAAAGAAACGCAGGAAAACUGGGGCUUCAUGUUUACUCACUCCAUAAAUAACGUGGACAAUCAGAGCCGCCUCUCUCCCGUGCUGCUCUCCGGGAAACAAAGCGAGACUAACCAAAUGCGGAUUUCACUUUUUUCUAUGGCUUCGUUUGUGUAGGUGGCGGCGGCAUCACCGGGUGUCGCACUGUUGAUAAAACACACAGCCACAGGACUACAUUUUGAAGAAAAAAAAAAAGCAUCAGUGGCCUUCCUCCUCUUCUUCUUCUUCGGUAGAACAACUGUUUUUAUGUUUUGACUACAGCGAGGAGGAGGAAGCAUUUUUGAGUGGCGAGAUGCAGCGUUUGGAGGACUGAGCCUCAACACUUCGCCCGCCCCUGAGCUCCAACAUGGGAGAAUGAAGCAGGUUCUCGCAGCCAUGAAGACACCGUGUUGCGUUGAGCUGGGAAUACCUGCAUCCACGGCAUCAUGUUCAGAGUGAGCUCACCAACAACAAUGCCUGCUCACCCAGGGGAAGAAUGGUUCACUCCAAUACGGUUCCCCUUCCAGAGGCAAGGGACAUUGACGCCAGUCUCUGCUGCCUCUUUACGGGGCUGCUGAACCUUUCCAAGAGGCCGGCAAUGGAGAACAUCUCCAUGGCGAACGUUUCCCUGGGCUCCCGUUCACCCCCGGAGCCAGUCACAGCGACAGCGGAGGCCCCGGAGAGCCUGCAGGGUGUCAGCCUACCUCUGCAGGUCUUCUUCUGCUUCGUCAUGGUUGCCAUCCUGCUGGUGGCCCUGUUGGGAAAUGUGGUAGUGUGUCUGAUGGUUUACCAGAGAUCUGCCAUGCGCUCAGCCAUCAACAUCCUCCUGGCAAGCCUGGCGUUUGCAGACAUGAUGCUGGCCAUCCUGAACAUGCCCUUCGCUCUGGUUACUGUCGUGACCACCAACUGGAUUUUUGGAGACCUUUUCUGUCGAGUGUCAGCCAUGCUCUUUUGGUUCUUUGUGAUGGAAGGCGUGGCUGUACUGCUUAUAAUAAGCAUAGAUCGCUUUCUCAUUAUUGUCCAGAAGCAAGAUAAGCUGAGCCCACAGAGAGCUAAAGUGCUUAUAGUGGUCACAUGGGGACUGUCUUUCAUUUUCUCGUUCCCCCUGGCUGUAGGUUCCCCUGCCCUUCAGAUCCCUCCUAGGGCCCCUCAGUGUGUGUUUGGAUACAGCAUUGAGCCCGGCUACCAUGCCUAUGUAUUGAUCCUAAUGCUAGUCUUCUUCUUCAUGCCUUUCAUGGUCAUGCUGUACACGUUCAUGGGGAUCCUGAACACCAUCCGCCACAACGCCAUCCGCAUCCACAGCCACCCGGACAGCAUCUGUCUGAGCCAGGCCAGCAAACUGGGCCUGCUGAGCCUCCAGAGGCCCUUCCAAAUGAACAUAGACAUGAGCUUUAAGACCCGUGCCUUCACCACCAUCCUCAUCCUCUUCUCCGUGUUUACAGUGUGCUGGGCACCUUUCACUGCGUACAGUCUGGUCACUACCUUUAGCGAUGGGUUCUACCAUAAAGACAGCUUUUUUCAAAUCAGCACAUGGGUCCUGUGGUUGUGCUACCUCAAGUCAGCCCUCAACCCUCUCAUUUACUACUGGCGGAUCAAGAAGUUCCGCGACGCCUGCCUUGACCUGAUGCCCAAGUACUUCAAGUUUCUUCCUCAGCUGCCGGGAAACACGAAGAGGCGCAUACAGCCGAGCGCAGUGUAUGUGUGCGGAGAGCAUCGCUCUGUGGUUUAAAGGAAAAAUCCACCCUCAAACAUUUAAACACUGUUUUACAAAAAAAAAAAAAGAAGAUCUUUACAUAACGUACUGUUUUGCUGUAUGGUGGUAUACUUCUCUUAGCAGGUGUUCAGACUGAAAGUAGCACUGCAAAAAAAAGAAAAGAAAAAAGCCAAGGGGCAGUGUUGAUGUGGGCGUGUUGCUGCAGGGUCCACUUUAAAGAUGAAAUACAACCCAGAAAGUCCAGUUUGAGUCAAUCAUCCCUCAGUUUUAAAGCUGAUCAGUUGCCAAAACACUGCACAGUGGUUUCUAAUACAAGAUACUACCAGGAUUUUACAGCUUUGUUUCAGGGCUGGGUUUUGGUCGAUGCUAGUUCUGUUACAAUAAUACUACUACUACCAGACACGGUAACUUUUUGAUACCUUUGAGGAGUGUACACGUUAUUUAUAACAAAAGAAGCCAAAAUGUUGGUAAAUGUUAAAUCUGAACCAGUAACUAUCCGACUGGGAUCAAAUAUUGAAAAACUCAGUCUACUUCCUAACCUUUUCUAGAACUUUUAGUGUAUCCCUCGGCCAUCUUCAGUGAACGGAAUUUGCUCAGGUGUAAUCACGUGACCUAUGAAUUGAGCUUCUGUCGUGUGAUAACAAGUGGUUGUAUAUGGCGGGGAGACUGUGACCCCUGUCUCUGUUCAGGCUUUGGGAUAUGGUCGAAAGUAAACAUUAAGGUUAGAGUAUGUAAUUACUGAUGUUUUCUCUCCAUACUCAAGGUACAAUUUGAUCAAAGAACAAGAAAACAACAUUACGAGUCUGACCAGACUUGAUGGUUUUUUCAUAUAGUCGGCACUGAAAGGUAUUGAGGUUCAUUACCUGGUCCUACACUGGAAAGUUAACACAACAACAAUCAUCCUCUCCAUCGUCUUGACAGGGUUAGGGAAUCUACAAUGUGUGGUACAUAUUUCGAUUGGAGGAUAUUGAAUUGCGGCAAAAGUUGAGCCAUGGUCAACCUUUUUGCAUUUAUUUUUUGUUUUUGAUGAAACUCUCAGCAUAGGAAGCCCCACAGCAUUUAUGCAGUGCUAAUGUCUGACUUAACCACUUUGCACUGAGGUUCAGAAACCGUCAGGAUGCCUGUUAAGAUUCUCAGUAGGUAAUGGAAAAAUAUCUUAACGGGUCAAAGGCGACUGGACUCACCGUGUAGGAGACGUUUCCAAUCAAAGCUGCUUCACUACCAUCAUCAGCUGUGAUGAUGACCCGGUGAAACCCAAAGUUUUCUUUUCUCUCAUUGUGGUCCAGUGAGGUUUAGCUGUACUAAAAUGCUCCAUUUUAUAUAAUAUGCAGUUAUGUAGAAUCACUUCUCCUAGAUAUCUGAUUGGGCUGGUAAGUAUCUGCUUUUUACUAGACUACACUUGAAGUCCAGUUGCCUUCGAGUCUGUGAAGAGUCUCGGUCGCUUAGGUCAUCGUUUAUCAAGACGUACCAACUCAAAAGCAACGGUGCUGACUGUUUUGCCUCAGUCUAAAAUAGCAGACCAAACAACAAGCGCAUUUGUGUUUGCUUUAGUUGGUUUACUGGUUGGUAAACAACCAUACAGGGUAAAAUAUAUUGCAGAAGAGUCAGAAGCCCCUUUUACACAGAGAUCCUGUUGUAUUGCUGUUAAGAAGACCCCUCAUUAUGUCGGCUUUGCUUGUUUAUACCGACCCAAACAAGUCUGACAUGAUGCCACCCGUGUGUGUGAUUAUUAUUUUUAUUUUUUUUUAGAUAGCAGGUGUGACAUGUAAUGCAACAGCUUCAGCAUCCUGUCCCGCCAUACUGACUCUGAACCUUUUUACAUAGACGUCGAUCCGGCUGUUUGACUACCUCCGCUGCCGGCUUAAAGGCAGAACAACAACAGAACGACGAGGGGGGAAUAAAGGCACAGCGUUCCCGCCUUGAACAGGCCGUGUAAAAGGGGUUAGAGAUGCUCAUCUCCACCAACAGCAUAAUUAAUCUGCAAUUAAUCUUCAAUUAAAGGGCUGGGUAGCGCCAAUACAAUACCUUCUUGCUACCAAUACCACAAUAAUUACUUUUUCAAAUGUAAGUUCUCAAAUCUGUAAACACAAUACAGUCUGAAAUUAUUAUUAUUAUUGACAUCAGGAACUAUCUUUUUAUAGAGUGAGUCAAAGAGAUAAUUAUAGUAUUAAAUAUUUAUUUAUUUUGGAAUGAAAAGUAUUUAAAUUGGAUACUCAGCCCUACUCAGUAGACCAGAGAAUACAACCAUGGAUACACUUGCUCUCUUUCUGUUAUGCUAUCACUCUAGCUAUGGCUCUUUUCCCGCCUACACAACCCACAGUACACACUUCUUUUGUGAUGGUGAUACAAUGGCAUUCUGGGUAAUGAAAGGAGCCUUUUAAGUGAAGUUGUCGACUGAAGGAAAUCACAAAAGUAAAUUAAAACACUUUAUAACUGCUGAAAUGCACUGAACGGCACAUACCGUGUGAGGGUAUGCACAGAUUGAUUUUUCCUUUUUAAUAUUGUGCUAAGAAACCAGGCGCUGCUGGGUUUGACUUGACCAUAUGUCUUUUUCUUGCCACUGGAGUCAUGAGUUGUCGGGGGGGGGGCAAUUUGUUUUAGCUGCGUGGAAGUUGUUUUACAAGGCAUGUAAAUUAACGGCUUCAAUGGAAUUUGAAUGUGGUCCGAAAAGUGGCCGUGACACAUUUUUGAACGUGUGUUUCAAUUUAAAUGUUUUGGAUAUGCCUAUUAAUUAGUCCAUUUGCCAGUCAGAAUGCUGCUAUAUCUGGUGAAAAUGUGCAAUUUCAGUGUACUGUACUGUUGAAUGUAAUAAAGAAAAUAGACAUUUCUUACCUUGGUAA